AUGGUGACCGGGAAAAGCCUCAACUGUUACCAAAAGCCGACACGGGCGGCGAUCCGCUCCUACGCCAGCCGGCACAACUGGCGAUCACAUGCCAAGUCCAACGCGACCAAACGACUCUCUCAUACCCCGAAGGAUGAACAACCUGAACAGACUCUUGCGGAGAUGUAUUGGGUAUCCGAAGCCGUGGGUCUGGGGCUCCUCGACCCGUUCUACACUUCCCCAUCGCAGCUGGACGCUGCGACCGUGAGUCGGAUGUUUGAGCACUUGCAGUCCCAGAGCAGGCUUAGCCCACAAUCGAGGCGUGGUGCACUGGCUAUGAUUUGCCAGCGGGGUGGUCUGGAGAAUAUCAAUCUGGAGGGCGUGGCUGCUGUGAUCACGUGUACAGAGGUGAUUGUCGCAACCGAGAACCGACCAAACCCUAAUUGGAGUCUAGAUCUAUGUUGA